UUUGUUCUUGGCGAAUUGGUUGGUCCAAUUAUCAUUAGGUUUGGGGUACCCAAGUUUUGCUUAGUUUCUUGGGCCACAGGAGAGUUGGUGCUUCUGCCAGUAAGUAGACGAUCAAAGUCCUUCAGUCCUGCUUAAGCAGGUUUUCAACUUUGCUCAGAAAUAAGUAACAGCACCCUACAUCCACAAAUCAGGAGCCGAACCGGACAAAACCCUAACCAGAUGAUGAAAUUAGUGAUCUCAAAGUUCUGCUUAUAUUCUCCAAUUCAUUAGUACUCAAAUGUGCAGCUGCUUCCCCGACCCGAAAUUCAUAAAAUUUCAUAAAAGUACAUAUUCACAUGGAAAUACACAUAUUACAAGGCCCUGAUUAAAGUGCAUCUCUUGUACUAAACUGUAACCUUGAUUACGCCGGCUAGUAUGCUAACCAAAAGGUAUGCACCAAAUCGGGCUGCACAGUAUGUUUCUCGGUGUCACGCCUGAAGCCAGACACAGCGCCCGAAUGCAAAUGCAAAGAAACCAAACUAUAUUACAGCGCAGGGGAGAACUUGUAAGUUUAUAAAGACUUAAAAUCUCCAUAUCUCUCUUUCCAAACAAUAAGAAAGAUGAUGCAGUCUGCUGCUAUUCUUGAAAAUCUGCCUUACUACACUAACAGGAAUGGAAAAGGCAAUGGAAUGCAGAUAGGAAAGUUAGUUUUGUUCUAUGCAUUAUGGGCUUUCGCUGCUGUUUCAUUUUUCACCGUCUUCAUUCUUUAUUCUCCAAAUCCUUUUAGUAACUUCAUGUUUAAGCAGCAUUAUCCAUUGGUGAAGAACACUACUUUAUCUGCUCUAUAUUCGGAAAAUGAUACGGAUCAGAGCCCUUUAAAGAGCAAUCCUGCCACCAUCAUGAACCUCCAAAAAGAGAGUAAUGAUGAGAAGAUCAAGUGCGACUUGUUUGAGGGGAAAUGGAUACCGGACCUCAACGGGCCAAUGUAUACGAAUUGGAGUUGUCCAUUGAUACCAGAUUCAAGGAAUUGCCCAAAAUUUGGAAGGGAAAAUGUUGAUUAUAUGAACUGGAAAUGGAUGCCAAAUGAAUGUGAGCUACCAAGAUUCGAUGCUAAAACGUUCUUAUCGAUUGUUCGAGGCAGAAAGUUAGCAUUUAUCGGCGAUUCCCUUGCUAGAAACCAAAUGGAUUCACUUCUUUGCCUAUUAUCUCAAGGUGAAACUCCAAAGGAUGUCUACACAGACGAUUUGGAUCGGUAUCGAAUAUUUUACUUUCCUUCUCAUGAUUUCACUCUCAUGGCCUACUGGACAACACACUUGACAUUUUCAGCAGCAAAAAAAGUGAACGGUUCAAAGACUGCAAUGUUCGAUAUACACCUCGACAAGAUCGACGAUAACUGGGCUCAGAAAUUACCUAGUCUGGAUUACGCUAUCAUUUCUAUAGGCCAAUGGUUUAACAGAAAAAACUACUUAUAUGAAGGUGGUAAAGUAAUCGGCUGCAUAUAUUGCGACGAACCAGAUGUGCCUAAUCUAGGAUUUCCUUUCGCUGUAGGUAAAGCCAUGGGCAAGGCACUAGAAUACAUCAGUGACUGUAAGGAUUGCAAGCCGUUAUUCACUUUGGCGCGGACAUUUUCGCCUGCACAUUUCGAGUAUGGAACUUGGAAUGAAGGAGGGAAAUGUAAUAGAACGAGUCCUUACACUGAAAAACAAGUUGAAUAUGACUUUCAAUUGGAAGUAAGGAAGUCUCAAGUGAAGGCAUUUGAGAACAUUAAGAAGAGAAGUGAUGGAAAGAGAUUCGAGAUUUUAGAUGUAACCAAGGCCAUGUUGAUGAGACCUGAUGGACAUCCAGAUAUCAAUUGGUACCAUAAGUAUCUGCAGGGUCAUACUGACUGUAUUCAUUGGUGUCUGCCCGGUCCUGUCGACCUAUGGAAUGAACUAUUGUUGGCUGUGCUGCAGAACAAAGAUGGUAAUUCGAUGGAGCAAACACAAUUGAAGUAGGUUCCAUGCAUGGUCUAAUGUUUGGAAUGCAUCGCGAUGAAUAUUUUUCCUUCUUAGGUAGGAAAGUUCUUGAAAAAUUAACUGUAACUGUGGGGUUUCUUACAUAGCUAAUGUAAGAAGGGUUUUCCAUUUGGGGUUUCUACUUUGUACCUACUAUUCCAUUAAUAAAAUUUCUAUUUACCGAUCAAAAAAAAGAAAGUUCUUGAAAAAUUAAGUCAGA